GCGCGUGGGGUUCCGCGCGCUGGCGCACCUGGGCAACGACUCGGGCGGCGCGGGCCUGGGCAAGAACCCGCACCGCGCUCGGAGAUCAGGGAGCACGCCCCCGCCAGAGCUGAGCGACGAGGGGGAUGAGGAGCGCCCCUGCGGCCCAGUAUUCAUGCACAGCUGGGUGCCGAAGGGGCUGGUCGUCCGCUGGGAGGUGUCCGAGGACGCCAUCCGCGUGGAGGACGACUUCGGCCCCAACGAGAAA